UUCAGCUACGAAACUCCAGAACGCAAAUUCAUCACACUGAAGUUCAGUUGCGCAUUAUAUUUUGAAGAAGUAAUUGAACGCUAAAAAGAUUUUCAAAUCGAAGCAAACUAGCGGAUUCUACUUUCCAGACCAGAGAGAUAUGUACUUUGAAAGGAAGAGGGGGUUUCCCUCUAGAUACCAUGGAAGUAAAACGAAGAAAGCAAUAAGCAUCUUAAUAACAGUGGUCUGUGUCUGCUGGCAAAUAAAUGGAGCGACCGGAACAACGAUUGCAGCCCCAACCACAACAAGCCCACCAACAACAACUAUGGCCCCAAGUACAACAAGUGCUCCAACAACAACUGCAGCCCCUACCACAACAAACCCACCAACAACAACUAUGGCCCCAACUACAACAAGUGCUCCAACAACAACAGCAGCCCCUACCACAACAAGCCCACAAACAACAACUAGGGCCCCAACUACAACAGGUGCUCCAACAACUACUGAAGCCCCUACGACAACAGGCCCACCAACAACAACAACUAUGGCCCCAACAACAACAAGUGCUCCAACAACAACUAAGUCCCCUACCACAACAAACCCACCAACAACAACUAUGGCCCCAACUACAACAAGUGCUCCAACAACAACAGCAGCCCCUACCACAACAAGCCCACCAACAACAACUAUUGCCCCAACUACAACAGGUGCUCCAACAACAACUACAGCCCCUACCACAACAAACCCACCAACAACUAUGGCCCCAACUACAACAAGUGCUCCAACAACAACUGCAGCCCCUACCACAACAAGCCCACCAACAACAACUAUUGCCCCAACUACAACAAGUGCUCCAACAACAACUGCAGCCCCUACCACAACAAGCCCACCAACAACAACUAUUGCCCCAACUACAACAAGUGCUCCAACAACAACAGCAGCCCCUACCACAACAAGCACCAACACAACUAUGCCCCAACUACAACAGCCCACCAACAACAACGAUGGCCCCAACUACAAGUGCUCCAACAACAACGAAGCCCCUACCACAACAACCCACAACAAACUAUGCCCCAACUACAACAAGUGCUCCAACAACAACUGCAGCCCCUACCACAACAAGCCCACCAACAACAACUAUGGCCCCAACUACAACAAGUGCUCCAACAACAACGGAAGCACCAACCACAACAAGCCCACCAACAACAACUAUGGCCCCAACUACAACAAGUGCUCCAACAACAACUGA